AUGGCUCCAAAGGAUAAAAGUUGGAUAGAGAAAAAUCUAAAAUAUAUACGAGCAUUUAAAAAGAGAAACAUGAUUAUAAUGCCUAAUAAUAAUAAUAAUAAUAAUAAUAAUAAUAAUAAUAAUAGUAAUAAUAAUAAUAAUAGUAAUAAUAAUAAUAAUAGUAAUGGUAAUAGUAAUAAUAAUAAUAAAUUUAAUUUAUUAACUGGACUAAAGUUUAAUUUCUAAUUUACUGAUUAUUCCAUUGGUUUUAUUGGUUCUUUUUUUUUUUUCAUUGAUUUCAUUUAAAAACUUCUAUUGAGUAUUAAGUAUACAUUAAUGUACAUAUUUGUGUGCAUAUACAGAUAUACCUACCUACAGUUUAUGAAUGUAGUUUAUUAUUCUGAAGGUGGAAAUGUUUUAACUGCAUACACCAUUUUGUUAUUAACGUAUGUUAAUAAAUCAGGGUUUCUUUGCUUUAGUUUUUAAAAAAAUACGCAUAAGGAUUGUAAUAAUAAUAAUAAUACUGAUGACGGCAAUGAUAAUAAUAACCGGAGUUUAAUUUAAUGGACUCACUUUUUCUGUAAGUGCAUCAAUAACAUCGAUAUAUUCUUUCUAUUAAGUAUGAGAUGCAUAGUUUCAUAUGGUUGUACACAUUCAUACAUAGUUUUUCACUAAAAGUUUGGCUUUAACCACAUCACAUAUGAACAUUGAUACACAUACUCACUUGCUCACUCACUCACACACACACAUUUAACAUUUUACUCAUGAGAUCAAUGGAAAUAUUAUUAAAUCAAGAAAAAAAAGUAAUGAAAAUUAUACAUGAGUAGAACAUGUUAGUAGAUAUAUAUAUAGCACGUGUCCAGUAAGGUCAAUAAAAGGGAAUAAAAACUAAACUUACAUGAAAACAACAAAAAUAUAGGCAAGAGAUAAAAAGAAAAGAAAAAGAAGAGGUUGAACAAUCAUUACAUUUCUUUUAUUUCUUUCUUGCUCGUUGUACUUUCC